AUGUCGGCAACUUCUGGAAUAUCCCAACCUAACAAACGGCACUCUAUCUGGUGGCUUAAGCACAAUCAAGCGUCCAACUCUUCUAACAGGGCGCCCACUAUCUCCAACGUCGCAUUCGAUGCCUCCAAGUUCAAUAGGAUGGCUUCAAACGACGGCAAUGUUUCCAGCGAAGGUGCUUCUCCGUCUGACUCUCCCCCGCCCUACCAAACCGAAGCUAUCCAAGACGUCGAUCUGACUGCCGGAUUUAAGAACCUGAAGCUUGAAAACGGCUGCUCCCCUCUGACGGCGGAUUCUUGUCUUGCCCAUCUAAAGUUGAUGUUUGCCAUUCAGCAGAUGAAGGAGGAAGUCGGUUGCAAAGAUGGCCUCUGGGGUCUCUGGGACUCUACCGCCGGCUAUCAUGAUUCUCUGUCCAAAAACCCUUUGGACAAGACUACAGGGUCUGCGGGAGCAGAAAACCCACAGAUGUCAACUGCCGGCUCGGACCUGAAGGACAAGGACAAUGAUGCCAGGCUAUCUUUGUUGAGCAAAAUUCGGGAGAAGCGAUGGGCCUUGUUUGUUGCUCGAGCCGUCGAUCGUUACGAAGCCUGGUGGGAGCAUCUAUCCAAAGAGUUUGCCGUUAGGCCUGUGGACAUCAAUGCGAGGACAUCUGAAUUCAGCUAUUCUGAUAACUCAUGGAACCAGUCCGUCCUUCCCACAGCAACCCUGGACUGGCAUGAGAUAUGGCUGCCGCCCCUUGAUGUUCUCAUGGUCUGGCAUACGCAUAUGUUGAAUCCCCGGGCAUUUCUUGAAGAUUGCAUGCGGCAUCGCAUCACAACUUUUUGGAAUAACGGCAUCCCAUGGGCGCUCAUCGACAAGGCCAUCGACAACAACACGUUUACCUACAAUGUAUCAGAUGCGUGCAAGAGGUUCUGGAGCAGAAAGACUAAUCGUGCUUGGGAGAAUGAGGAUGACCCGAUGGAAAAGACCCUCCGAUGCCCCAACUUGAAGUGCUUCAAAAUGAUUAAUAUUCCAUGGACAACUUGUCAACUUCCAACUUCAUACGUCGAUGAUGAAAGCACUCCAAUUGACUUCGAUGGCACCGGUUAUGGCGACGAUCUGAACUUUUCCUGCCAGCACUGUGGGGCUCCAAUCAACACAGACAUUUUGACCUUCUUUAGGUUCAACGUUGACAGGGUAUUGGCCAUCAUAGAACCCUCCGGGAGUCCAAUAGACUUGAAAGACAACUCCGCCGACUCCCUACUGAUCACUAGGGAUAUGAUGUUGGGCAUGCCCAAAACCACAGAGAGUCGGCCGAUGCCCGGAACACUCCUGCAUCCCAAGACGGGAACUCCGGUUCUGGAUACGUCCCUUGAUGAUUACUUGGACGUGUCUUUCCCCCGUCGCUUCUUGGUUUUUACUUGGCAGUUGACAGAUAAGCUAAAGACCAUCGAGAAAGCCCAGGAGAAGAUCCCGUCUUCUUUGCGGCCCACAUAUCACUGGCGGGCCGUCAGGCCUAUGGCCCGGAUUGCUCUGCGCAAGAUGAUGGCUCGCUAUUUCCAGAACCACAGCAUGUUCGCCCUGGACCUCCGCAGCGCCAUCAUGAGACAAGGCAUCUUCAUCCAAAAGAUGUGCCAGCUAGACUGGCUGCAUAGCCCCAUGGCCAGAGACACCAUGAACCGGGCCAUUAAGAGAUACCACAGGUUCUUUGCCAUCAUCAACAGGUACCCUGGAAAACUCGUUGUGCCUACCCUGGAUAUUGAUCUCGUUUGGCAUACAUAUCAGCUCAGUCCGGGGGAGUACUAUGACUUCAGCAUCAAGCAUGCCAAUUACGUCUUCAUUGAUCACGACGACAAAAUUGAGUCUUCAACGCUCAACACUCAGUUUGAGUGGACUUGCAAGACGUACCAAUCUCUCUAUGGAGAAGUGUACAGUCAGUGUACCUGCUGGUAUUGUGAAGUUGCCGAAAACUUUCACUCCUCUGGCGAGGCAAAUCUUCAUCCUCCCGACACCAACCACAUCUCCUCUCAUCCUUCCAUCAAACUGAUCCCCGCCCCAGGCUACAAAGGUUCCAAAGGACUCGGCACCCCGCGCUCCGAACUCCUCUGGUAG